AUGGCCGGUUACCAGCGACCCAUGAGUUUUUCUGAACGUCGAGGAAGCGCCCUCAGCGACGACCUGACUCUCAACACAACUACUAAUCCAAUGAUUAACCACCGCUUGGAGAAGCUGCCUCAGCAGCAACGGCACUUGCGCGGGCCUCCUACUCCUAGCAUGUCCACGCCUGCUGCCGACUUUGAUCAGCAGCUCACUGGUUCUCCUCCACCGCCUCCGACGCCUGCUGCAUCACCAGGACCAUCACAUUUCCAACCAGACUGGAGCGAUGCUGCAGACGAUGAGGACUUCUUCCUCGCCAAGGUUCGCCAGCACUUUAAGAACUGUUCUGGCCCUCAGCGGACUCGCGUUCUCGCAGACCUGCUCAAUCUCUGCACCAGUCAGCAGCUGAGCUUCGUCCAUCAGUUUGUCAGCCCGCUGCUUAAGAAGGAUCCGUUUACAAGCCUCCCGGACGAGCUAUGCCUUCGGAUCCUGUCCUUUAUUGAUGAUCCCAAGGUAUUGGCCCGGGCCUCCCAGGUAUCGAAACGAUGGCGAGAUCUCCUCAGCGACGACAUGACAUGGAAGAACCUUUGCGUCAAGCACGACUACGGUCGGAGACUGUCCGAAGUCUACACAACCGCUCCCCACUUUGCUUCACGGCCGGCUGCUCAAGCCUUCAAUGGAAUCGAUGCCGACAUGGCCAGCAGCAGUUUCCCCGGCGCGCGUUCCCUUAAUUCCUACAGUAUGGGUACACGGAGUCAUGAUGGAACAACUAGGCCUAGGCUACGGACAUACAAAUCUCAUUUCAAGCAGAGAUAUUUGGUGGAGGCGGCGUGGAGAUCUGGUGGCACCAGCACGACGCGGAACAUUACCCAGGAAGGUGGUGUUGUUACAAGUCUGCAUCUGACGCCCAAGUACAUCAUUGUGGCACUUGAUAACGCCAAGAUCCAUGUGUUUGAUACCGAGGGUGACUCGCAACGUACCUUGCAAGGCCAUGUCAUGGGCGUCUGGGCUAUGGUGCCCUGGGACGACACUCUGGUCAGUGGCGGCUGCGAUCGGGAUGUGCGAGUGUGGAACCUCAAGACGGGCGCUUGCCUCCAUACGCUGCGAGGACAUACCUCAACUGUCAGGUGUUUGAAGAUGGCAGAUGCAAACACGGCCAUUUCAGGGUCUCGAGAUACAACCCUACGCAUCUGGGAUAUCCGGACUGGUCUUUGCAAGAACGUUCUCGUUGGCCAUCAGUCUAGCGUUCGAUGCCUUGAGAUUAAGGGUGACAUUGUUGUAUCCGGUAGCUACGAUACCUUUGCUCGCGUAUGGAGCAUCUCUGAAGGCCGCUGCCUUCAAACUCUGCAGGGCCAUUUCAGCCAGAUCUAUGCCAUCGCCUUUGAUGGCAAGAGAGUCGUCACGGGCAGUCUUGACACGAACGUCAGGAUUUGGGACCCGACCUCUGGCGAAUGCCUUGCCAUUCUUCAAGGCCACACCUCACUUGUCGGCCAACUGCAGAUGCGCGGAGACACCCUGGUGACUGGUGGAUCUGAUGGAUCUGUCAGGGUUUGGUCGCUGGAAAAGAUGUGUCCCAUCCAUCGUCUCGCAGCCCACGACAACAGCGUUACUAGUUUGCAGUUUGACGAUACUCGAGUCGUGAGUGGCGGCAGUGAUGGUCGAGUCAAGAUCUGGGAUCUCAAGACCGGACACCUCGUUCGGGAACUGAUCGCACAAGGCGAGGCCGUCUGGCGAGUCGCAUUUGAGGAUGAGAAGUGCGUUGCCUUGGCCCUGCGACAGGGUCGUACAGUCAUGGAGGUGUGGUCCUUUUCACCACCCGAAGAAAUGCUCUACGACCGCCCUCUCUCUCUUCAGCAGCGGGUGUUGGAAGACGAUCCGAACCGGCCAUUAAGUGCGAUGGCCAUCGACUAUCGCACCUCGCAACCGACACUGGCAAGCUCCAGUCGCGACCCCCAGGCACAGGAUGUCGACAUGCAGGAUGCCGGCCCAUCGACAGCCCCUUUACAAGGGGGCACAUUCUUUCAUGACGAUUAA